AUGAGGUGGCCAGUGUGUCUUCUGGUGGGCGUGGUGGGCGUGUCUUGCGUGACGCUGAAAGGGCGAGGGUCCUUAGAAUUGAGGGAGCAUGUGGCCGGUGACGUGAGCGAGGCGGUGGGCUCCAUGAUGAGCCAGGUAGUGAAGGAACACCUUGCCGGCUGCCACCUCGUGCUGGUCACCUCGUCCAAACACUCUUCUGUGCUCUCUCACAUCAUCAGAUUCCUGGCGGUAACACCAGCUAUGGGGGUAGUGGUGACGGAGGCCGGAGCUGCGUCUGCAGACGGAGUGACUGAGAAGGAAUACGACAACCUGAAGCAGAAACUGUGGGGGGACCUCACCCUCGCCUGCCAGGCCCUCGUCGUUGACAACACCAGCAGCAGCAGCAAACACAACUCCACUGUCAGGUUCCUGGAGUGGUGUGGGCUCUGGACGCGGCCCCAUGCUAGGCUACUGAUAUUAGGAGACGAGGCAGGAGUGAAAACCUUCUUUCGUCAUCAUGUUCUUCGAAACACCAUCCAUGCCCUGUACCUCGCCCUGGACAUACCCGCCUUCCGCGCUCUCACUCUCGACACACGCGAGAGAGAUGGUGAAGGUGUGUCGGUGGUGAGCGAGGCAGUGGGAGUCUACCGUCGAUGUCUGUACUGUGACAAUGGACAGGCAGACUCUUCUCUGCUUCACCGUUGGUCUCUUCGCUCCCAAGUCCCCAGAGAUCUUCACCUCUUCCAAGAAGACCCCGACGACUUCAUGGGUCACAAGUUCAUGCUGACAGCCAAGAAUUACUUUCCGUACUUCAGCUUCCAGAGGGCCAGCGAGGACCCAGAUGACGCGAAGGUCUUCCCGCUGGACUCCCUCAAUACCCGCAUGAUCUACACUUUGUCGUCUCUCCUCAACUUCACGUACGAGAUUCGGGAACCAGCGGACCGUCAGUGGGGAGUACCUUCGGCAGGAGGAAACUUCACAGGCAUGGUGGGUGACCUCCAGUCUCAGAGAGCGGAUUUCUCCCUCGACCUGACCCUCAUCCCGCAGCGAGCAGCCGUCAUCGAGUUCUGCAGAGUCUACAUCGACGAGUCUGUUGUCAUAAUCUCUUCCAAGCCCCGGCCGCUCCCGGAAUACUUGUCACUAGUCAGACCUUUUGAAGGCGAGUUAUGGCUUACCCUGCUGGCGAGCAUCUGUGUCUGGGGCGUGACUCAAUGGCUGCUGCAGAAGGCAUGGGCGAGGGUGUCUGGGGGUAGCAGUCUGACUCUGGGCGCGGCUCUCAUGUACAGCUGGGGCGCCAUCUUGGGUUACCCGCCCCCUCACCUUCCUCACAACAUCACUGGAAAGGUGAUGGUAGGGUGCUGGCUGGUGCUGUGUCUGACGAUGACCUGCGCGUACAGCUCGUCACUGGUGUCCCACCUGGUAGUACAAGGCAAGUCUCCCCUCAUCAACAGCAUUCAGGAGCUGGUGGCGAAGAGCGGGUGGCGGUGGGGGACCCCUCGCAUGACGGGCGCUCUGCUCAUCUUCCUCAACACCAGUCAAGACCCUGCCGUACAGAAGCUGUAUUACAACAUGCAGGCCGACAGUAUGGAGAAGGGGAUGGAACUGGUCCUUAAGGGCGACUACGCCUUCAUCUACAGCAAGUACUACUCCAGGACCCUGGUGGCCACCAAUUACACAGACGAGUUCGGCUACACCCCCAUCCAUAUUAGCAGCGAGGAGUACCCGCUUUUUGCUGGCAACGCCUGGGGAUUCAGGACUGGGGCGCCAUUCCGCCGGCUACUGAGCUUGUCGAUACAACGAUUGCUUGAAGCCGGGCUCAUCACCUUCUGGAUGAACGACGUCAUCAGCGUCUACGUGAGGGAGGCCAGGACACAGAAGGUGGCCAGGGAGGCCCGCGGCCAGCAAGCCAGGCUCAUGUAUAAAGGGGCUGAGGGCAAGGUGGUCCUGGGUCUGGUUCACCUUCAAGUCACCUUCUACCUCCUCCUCUUCAGCUACAGCCUCGGCCUCUUCAUCUUCCUCCUCGAGCUGCUCCUCAAGUGGUAACCAAUAUCUCGCAAGUGGUUUUACCAAAGGGAGGGAACCAUGACAAGAUAUUCUUGGUAGCAAUGUCCUGGCGAAACUUGGACAUAAGUAUAUUUCGUAAGACACAUUAUGAACACAUUAGCUCAGUCGAUUAAGGCAGCGUCUGGGAUGCUCUCGGACGUAAGUUCGAAUCCUCGUCACGGCCCUUGUGGAUUUGUUCAUUGUAUAUUUCGUAAGCUUCCUCGCUGAUGUAGUUAUUUGUUUACUUGUGUAGGAAUCUCUGUAAGGGAAAAUGCCUAGCCUAGGCGGAUACGCAUGCGCGCUUUGCGUAUACAGUAAUUCGAAAAAUAGUAAUAAUUACAAGCAUUCCCUAUUACCUAGAUCACCUCAAGUCUAGUUCGGGGUGUUACAAAUUUCACGAACAGCAAACGUAACAAAAUAAAUAUUAUUAGAAUGCACCUGCUUAUAUAGACAUUAUAUUGCUAGCAUUAAUAUUUUCCAGUGAUCCCCCUGCCGCAAUAUUUAGCUUCUUUAGGCACGUA